AUGGAUGAUUCUAGUCUGAACUUAUGUCAGCGGAAAUACACACGGGAGAUCUUGAAAGAGGCAGGCUUUCUUAAUUGCAAACCAGUGAGUACCCCAUUAGUCCCAAACCAACGGCUGACCAAAGAUGGUGGCACCAUUUUGGAAGAUAUCAGCAGCUAUAGGCGUCUAGUGGGACGUCUUCUUUACCUAACCACAACACGGCCUGAUAUCUCUUUCGCCGUUCAGCAGCUCAGUCAAUUCAUCGAUGCACCGACGACUGAUCACUUAGCAGCUGCACACAGGGUUCUGCGUUACAUCAAAAAUGCACCUGGCCAAGGCCUUUUCUAUCCGAGAAACGGUGAAAUGCAGUUGAAUGUGUUCUCCGAUUCAGAUUCGGCGUCUUGUCUGGAUUCACGAAAAUCUGUCACGGGGUUUUGUAUAUUCCUUGACUAUGCUCUUAUAUGGUGGAAAUCAAAGAAGCAAACAACAGUGUCAAGGUCCUCUUCCGAAGCUGAGUAUAGAGCUCUUGCUUCAACAGUAUGUGAAGUUCAAUGGAUUUCUUCCCUCCUACAUGACUUAUAA